AUGAUGCUCAACAACAGUAGUAGUCAUUGGGGCGGUCCUCAGAGCGUCAGGGCUGCUCCUGCUGCGCCUGCCACGGAGAAUCCCAGCUGGGCGUGGCCACACGGUCUCCUAGCAACCAGAGAGGCCUUGCAACAACAAGCUCAGGUAGCUGUAGCAGGACUGCAGGGAGCCGCGGCCACCAUGGCCUACCAGAGGCGGCGGUCCCGUCCAGUCUCGCUGGAACCCUUGCCCCCGGGCAUGAACUUAAAGUACACCAAGGGGCUAAGAAAACCGACACAACCAAAAUUGUCCUUACCGAUACCAGCCUUCGAGAAGAAACUCCAAGAACUACAGAUUCCUCAUCAAAAGAAGCAGGUGAAGAUGCGGUAUGGAGCAUGGUAUCUGCACCCCAAGUUGUGGAAAAGGAUAAGAGAAGAUGAACCUCUGCUUGACCCUAACGCCGAAUUUGUAGUUCAAAAUGCCUAUUUUAGAAAGGAUCGAAAAGAAUAUGACAUUCUUGCAGAGCUUUACGGAACAAUCGCCUUUAAGGAUUUCAUUCUAAGUAAGGGCUACACAAUGCCGAGUUUAAUCGAAAGGAUGUUUAUCAGGAAGGGAUGGAGAUAUGAUACUGUUAAGACUCCUACAAUACUAUCAACAAGAAAUAGCUCAAUCGGGGAGUCUUCAGAAGAGGAUUAG